UCUGGGGCAGCAAGCUCCGCAGUGCUACGUAUUAUAUAAAGGAGAUGGUAAAACUGCCGCAUUAAAAGCUGAAGCGACCUGGUCGAUUGCUUGUCGUCGCGAGCAUUUCAUCAUCGAACGACUACUGCAGACGAUCUUCUUAAGCUCUUCGGGAAACCUAAACUCCUUUUGCUACGAAUCCGAUCACUGGAAUGUGUUAAUGGUGUUCCGAUUGAUUUUGUCGAACUACAGUCGCAAGAUGGAGGGAGGAGAGCUGACGAGGGGAGAGGUGUUGUCCUUACUGGUUCGACUGGCAUUUGCAACAGCAGCUUCAUACUUCACUGUGAAGCUCCUUGUCUCUGCUAUGGAUCCGACGUCCAAGCAGAAAAAGGAUGCGAAGCGAAAGGCUCAAGAAGUACUGCAAAGACUUGGAAUCAAAGAAAGAGUAUCUUUAAGUGAAUAUGAAAUGAUGAUUGCCAGUCAGCUUGUUGAGCCUUCCCGCAUGACUACCUCAUGGAGUGAUGUAGCUGGUCUGUCCUUCAAGUUUAUACGUGAAACUGCGGUGAAACGAGUCAUUCUCCCUAUUCAGCAGCGUAAUCGACUUCAGUCAUCUAAGUUAAUUCAACCACCUAAAGGUAUUACUUAUGACACCGAAGUUUUCUGUUAUUUUUAA